AUGCAUGAACUCGUAAUGCUUUUCUGGUUUUUCACCGAGUACUGUAUGCGUAUAUGGAGCGCUGGCUGUCGGUCUCGGUACCAGACAUGGCAGGGUCGCUUACGAUUUGCUCGCAAACCCCUCUGCCUUGUCGACUCUUAUUCUCAAAAAAGGUUUGGACAAAGUUCUAUGUAUGUGGUACCAUGUACAGUAGGUUGCCUAAACCAUUGA